UAUAUAUCCACACGGCGGGUUCGGAACAUCACACAACAACCGCCUGUUCAUCGUACACUAAAUUUCCAACAAUGGCUGUAACGAAACUCGCUGGAUUAUUUUUGUGCAUCGUGGUAGCGGUUAGUGCGCUUCCUACGCAAGAAGAGCCUCGCGGUAACGCCAUUCAAACUGAGAACGACCUACUGGACGCUAUUUACAAUGACUGCUUGCGCAAAGACUCCAUGUCCUGCCUCAAGUACAAGUUGUUCAACUUCGUCGAUAAAAUGCUGGGGCACAAGGAUACGAUUACAGUGACGGAAGGUGUGCAAAUUGUCAAGACCGGUGGUGAAAAAGAGGGUGCUCCCCGUGCCAUUACAAGUGAAGAUACCAUCGAAUCGCUUAUCUAUAAUCGUUUCACUGACUUCUUGGAGAACCACAUGAUUAAAGUUAACUUAAAAGGAAGUGAGAUCGUAGACGUCGUGAGUUCCACAGCGCGUUCUCUUGGUGAUAUAACCGACUCCUUUACUGAAGAUGAUAAGACCGUGGGAGAGGAAGAAGGUAGAGGCAAGAAGAAGAAGGCCAACAAACUUAUGGGCCCACUCAUGGCUGCCAUGGCCCUCAAGGCUGCCAUCCUGGGAAAGCUUGCCCUUGGUGCCAUCGCCCUUAUCGCCGGAAAGGCCCUACUUAUCGGUAAAAUUGCCCUUGUCCUUUCCGCCAUCAUCGGUCUGAAGAAACUCUUGGGUCAAGGACAAGGCAAGCACGUUACUUACGAAGUAGUUGCCCACCCUCAGCACUCCACUAGCCACGUACAAAGCCACGAAGUUUACGGAGGAGGUUCAGCCCAUGGGGGAGGUUUCAGCGGCGACGUCGGCGGAGGUUAUGGCGGUGGCGGUGGCUCCUCUGGACACGGCGGAUGGGGCCGCUCCCUCGACGCUCAGUCGCUAGCCUACCGGGGACAAGCUCAAGCCCAGGCGUAGAUAUCCGAAUUGUCAGUCUGGUUUUAGUACCUGUCAAAAUCUCAGCGAGACGUCUAGUUCGCAAGUCGGGUUUUCGAGAACAAAACUAUUUAUGUAUUUAUUUCAAUUUUUAUUUAUUAGUCUCUGUAAUUAGGACCGACGGACGAAGACUUUUUACCAUGCCCUGUGGGCGCCAUAGAUAUAAGUUAAUUGUUACAUUUUAUACGAGUCAAUAAAGUAUUUUCAAACAA